UUACCAAUGGAAAACAAAUUUUUUCAAGGAGAUUGCAAACGGUUCACGUAGAUAGAAAUGAUUGAUCUAGUUAUGUCACAGAUUAAAUAUCUGUGGUUAUGUGGCAUCAUUGGAUUAACUCAAAAAAUAAUAAUAUUGACAUUUCAGUUCUUUCAAUACAUUUCAAAAAGUUGAAAUAUGAUAUGAAGUAACCAUAUCUUUUAUGAGUCAUAUUAUAAAGCCAUUGUUAUUAGAUCUUUUAUUGUAAUUUGAAACACACAAUGAAUACACCACAUGAAAGUAUAAAUAAUGGUGACAGUGAAACAGAAAGUAUUUAUGAAGAUGAAGAUGAAUCAACUAUAAUCCUUCCACCUGAAGUGGAAGACACAACGAAGUUUCUGAAAUCCAGGCACAUUCUAGGAAUUCUUGGUUUUUUAGGUUUUGCUAAUGUAUAUGCCAUGAGAGUAAAUCUAUCUGUAGCGAUUGUGGCUAUGGUUAAUACUACUCAACCUUCCUUUAGCAACAAUACUUUUGACCACUGUCCUAUAAAUAUAACAAAUUCCACUGUUCCAGAAGAUACCUCUGGUGAAUUUAAUUGGGAUGAACAUACUCAAAGUAUAGUCUUGGGGUCGUUUUUUUAUGGAUAUGUAAUAACACAAAUACCAGGGGGUAGGUUAGCAGAGAUAUUUGGAAGUAAACGAGUAUAUGGAAUAGGAGUUCUUGUAACAUCUAUAUUUACACUCUUGACUCCAAUCGCUGCCAGAAUAAAUUUUCCACUUUUCAUUAUCGUGAGGAUUAUUGAAGGAAUGGGUGAAGGUGUCACUUUUCCUUCUAUGCAUGCCAUGUUGGCAAAGUGGAUCCCACCAUUGGAAAGGAGCAAAUUUGCUGCAUAUGUAUAUGCUGGUACUAAUUUUGGCACAAUAGUAUCUCUUCCACUAUCAGGUUGGCUGUGCUCAUUGGAACUGGAUAGAGGAUGGCCUUUGAGUUUUUACCUUUUUGGAAUGUUAGGCAUAAUAUGGUUUGGUUUCUGGAUGUAUUUCAUUUAUGAUUCGCCAUCAACUCACCCAAGAAUUGAUAGACAGGAACUUGCUUAUAUUGUAGCUAGUGUUGGGCCCCAGGAUGAAAAUGAUAAAUCGCCAGUGCCUUGGUGUAGUCUUCUGAAAUGUGUACCUCUCUGGGCAAUUUUAGUUACUCAAUGUGGAGGGUCAUGGGCAUUUUACACCCUACUAACGGAACUUCCAACUUACAUGUCACAAAUUUUACAUUUUGACAUUCAAGCUAACUCUUUACUUUCAGCCAUUCCAUAUCUAACUAGUUGGAUCUGUGGAAUUUUGAUCAGCAUUUUUGCAGAUUGGUUACUAAGCAAAGGAUAUUUGUCACUUUCAACAUCAUACAAAUUGUUCAAUUCCAUAGCUUCUAUCGUUCCUUCGUUGGGUUUAUUAGGAGUAGCUUACGUUGGCUGUGAUAGAGUUGCAGUACAAUUACUAUUAGCUAUACCUGGUGCUUUCGGAGGUGCGUCAUAUGCUGGUUGUCAGAUGAAUCACAUAGCUUUGAGUCCAAAAUAUGCAGGAACGAUGUAUGGCAUAACAAAUGCUGCUGGAAAUAUAUGUGGAUUUUUAGCACCGUAUGUUAUUGGAUUGAUCAUUGAAGGAAGGGAAACUUUGGGACAGUGGAGAAUGGUUUUCUACUUAGCAGCUGGAAUAAAUAUAGGCACAAACUUGUUUUAUAUUGCGUUUGCCAGUGCACGAGAACAGCCUUGGUCAAGAUCUCAACGAACAAGCACAGCUAACUGACAGGUUAUGUAUUUGGCUAUGCUUGUGGAAUCUUAGUGAAUAUGUAAGAUAUGUAGGAUAAUUAUAUGAGUACAAUUUAUUAUUCUGUACCUUGUUUGGCAAGGUUUUUUAAGAAGAAUGUGAUGUUAGAUUUGUAUCAAAGGGGUGCUCUCUAUUAGUACCUCAAUUUGUUUGUCAUUUAUUAAAAUUAAAUUUUUUUAUGACAUUGAUAUAUUACCUCAAAUAAAAAUCAAUUGGUUUUGUAAUAUAUAUAGUGUGACAACGAAACCAUUGUACAAGACGCUAUUCAGUUGUUUGUGAGAAAUCUUGAAUACAAGUAUAGGUCAAUGGAGCCGGUAUUUCAAUUGGUAAGAUAGUUAAAAAUUCCUUCUGUUUUAACCGGAAAUAGAAGAAUUUUCAAUAGUACCUUGUAUAUCUUUUUCAACGAUUUUAUAGAAUAUGAAAUUAUUUGUUAAACCAGCCGUUCUUAACACUUUUCUUUUCAGUCCACGGAUCCCUAGAAAUUCAAGCGCAAUUUCAAGGGCCCACCAAAUAAAAAGCACAGGAAUACAUUUCAGAAAAUUUAUUUUAGUACUGCAAAAAAAUAACGUCUUUAUAAAAAUUAAAAAUACUUUAUUAAUGUAGUUGUAAUCUCAAAUCGGAUUCCAAUUGCAAUCUAUUUCUGUAAUUGUUUUUGAUUAUACAGGAGCAGAGAAUGCUUUUUCAGAGAGGUAUGUGGGUGAGAAAAGCAGUAAAUGUUUCAGUGAUUUUUCUAAAAUUUCCUUAUUAACUUUUUUAAAUUCACAUGAUAUUUCUUUUGAUUGAUUUUCCUGUCGGUGAUAUUUGAAACAUAUGUGUUGAAAGGGUCUACUAUCCAGUUUUUAUUUCUGUCGGGCUCAAGAAAAUAAUCCCGGAAAGAAGACUCCAAACCGUGGAGGUGUUUAAUUAUUUUGUCUUGUACUUGUCCUUACUAUUCCAAAAACACUACCAGUGUAGGUCAAGCUUUUUUAUCAUAGUUUCUAUUUUAUCUUCAACUUGGAAGAUGUUGUUAUCUCUUCCUUUUAAACUUAAGUUCGGCUGGUUAUGGGCAUUGAAGAUAUUAGACAGCGAUUACCAGACUUGCUGGCAUUUAUUUACUUAUAGAUAGAUAUACUCGCGGACCCUCUGGGGUCCGCGGACCAAAGGUGAAGAAACACUGUGUUUAACGAUAUAAUACAAGUGGUCAUUUUUAUCAAAAUUUUGUCAUAGAAGCCCUUAUCUUCAAAUUCAAAAUGGCGCGGGCGGCACUAUGACGCCAUCUAUGGAAAUAUCGCCAAACAACUUGAUGUGAGAAAGAAACGACAAAGUUUGCUUUGUUUUCAAGAAAACAUUGAAGUGUACUUCUUGAACUGAAAAAAAAAUAAUUAUUUUCUGUGCCAUUUCAAAAGUGAAAGUUUCGCUCUAUCUUGUGAGUAUCCACUUUGUGAGUUAAUAAUGAUUUACUUACUUUGUUACUGAUAUAGGAAAACGAUUCAGAUAGGUUAGGUUAGGUACAGUUACAAAAUCACCACCCCCUAUCAAGAUGUUCAAGAUAAAUGAAAUCAAAUUGGUGCAAAAUCUCUACUCUGAAUUUUUCCUUGAAAACUAAACAAAUUUUUUUUUUUUUACUUUAUUUUCCACGAUUUGAAUAAAAAGUAUCACUUAUGACGUAUCACUGAAAAGAGAAUUUUAUAUACUUUCAAAUGGUCUAAAAUAGUAUAUAGGGUUGUAUAUACAAUUCUUGACUUCAAAUAUGUUCUCAAUUGCUUUAUAAUUAGACUUCAGUGAACUAUAUUACCACAUAAAAUAAUUACCACACAAACAACUCAACGACACCAUGUACUAUGAUUUCGUUGCCAGCCAGUAUGUAAGAAAUUUCGAAACCAAAGCUUUGUGUGUAACAGUUUUUUGUAAUCACCAGAAGUUUGACGACUUCAACAUGUAAACCGAUUUUCAAUAGUUGUAAAAAUGGCUGUUACAGGGUUGUUUUUAAAAGCACCAAUUUUCAAAAUUUCAUUUCAACAUACGAGGAUAAGUUGAAGAAUUUAUGACCUGGCAGCAUCAGAAAAAACUCAAAUUCUGUUCAAUUGAAAUUUGCUCAAUGAAAUAUUCAACUUUU